GAUGUAAACAUCGUUAAUUUCGUAGAUAAGAGUGUAACACAUAUCGUAUGUCUAUAAAAACAGGUUGUAUCAGCUUGAAAUAAUCCUUCUCCGGACAUUGCCGAUAAUUGCCGACAUUUAAUAAGCAACUUCCCGAAGGAGUGCGUGACGUCACUUGUGUUGUUUACAUCCGCUAGACCACGAGAAUCCUACUAUUUCUAACUAAAAUUUAACAAAGUAUACAAUGGAUUUCGACGGACAGGACAGCGGCGAUGAGCCAUUUAUAACUGCUGUUGAUAAUAUUCAACCGUAUCAGUUCGAGCCUGUUGUUCAUAUUGAACAAAACGAAGUGAGCAGUCAAAACCAAUCGGACUCCUCUGAGGAAAAUUCUGAAGCUGAAUCUGACUCCUCUGACCUGCAAGACAGCCGGAUGGAUAACUUGGCAUGGUGUGACUGUAACCACUGCGCUGCAAUGCCCACUGUGGAUGAAUGCCUCUGUUGCAAGGAAGUUGGUCCAGUUGCAGAAAAAAUGGAAGAUGAGGACCUCGAUUGUAUUACAGAUCAUGAGGGGUUCACUGGAAACUGUUUAAAUAGACAUGUCAUUGAGGUCUCUUUGUAUGACUUUGUUGAAAGGCAGGGACCAAUAGACGACAAUGAACCAAUUCAUGAAUUAUAUAGAUAUGUUGCUUACAGACGGUUCACUCGUUGGAUCUGGCAUAUACUUGGCAAAAAAAGAAGAAAGGUGAUACCAGCAUGUGCAGUAUUAAAAAUUAGGGAGGCAUUCCCGUCUGAGGACUUUACUGGAUUCAAAUAUGCCAGGCCAUGAUCAUUUGAAAAAAAAUCAUUGUGGUUAAAAUCUUGGUAAAUUUCAUGUUUCCACAAACAGAGCUUUGAAAGAUAAAAACACUCGACUACAUGAUGUAAAUUGUGGUAAAUACAAUUCAAAUGGUGAAGAGUUAUAUGGAACAAAGAUCGCAAAACAUAUUUAAACAAAUGUACGAGAAAUGAUGUCAGUUUCUAGCAAAACGACUUGUUCGAUGUCUUAUUAGCUCCUCCUUAUCAAAUUGAGGGUUUGAUGCUGUUAGUGGAGGGAGUCUCUGAUAUACAAUGUUAAAGUCCUCUAAGGCUUCUUUAAUGCUUGAUAAGUUAUUUCGUCUGUCAAAAGUUCUUUUCAGAAGAGCUCCAACAUAAUCUACAAGACAAAUAGAAACUAUAUGUAAUAGCUCAGCCUCUAAUUUACAUAAUUAACCGUGCAAAUUUAUAGAUGCAAUGACAUUACUUGGAUGUGCAGUCUGCAUUUUUAGAAUAUUAACUUUUUCGAUUCCAAUAGUACAAAAAGAGAUUCAUAAUACUGUAAAUAAACCAACAUUAUUACAAAAUAAAUGUCUUGCUUACUGCU